CGCCGACCAAUCGUAGCCGACGUGGGCGUGGCCAGCGCGUCUCACUAUAAAUAACCGCGUCCCGAGGCGGCAGUCUUAACCAGCUCUCUUGCCGGGCGUAUUGCUGCAGUUUCGCGCCGGGGGUUGUCUGCAGCCACGUGACCCGUAACAGCCAAUCAGCGAGCGGCCGCUCCUCCCCCACCCCGCCCCCAUCUCAUUGCGCAUUGAGGCCGUUACCUCGCCGCUCGGACUCCCACCGGUAAGUCGCCAUCACCGACCUCUCCCGGCCCGGCCGAUCCUCUCCGCCGCCCUCAGAGCUUCCCGUGUGAGGCCCGGAGCGGCGGCGGCCCCCCUCUCUCUCUCCGUGUCGCCAUGGCCGCACUGCGGCGCCAUUUUAUCUGCUGCCGGUCGCCAUUUUGUUUACCUUGUCCUCCGCUCUCCCCUUGUUCUCCGGGCUGGCUGGCGGGAGGGAGCUCGGGGGCCGCGCGUGGCCGGGUCGGAUCUCUGUCUCCGUUCCCUCCACUCCUGGUCUACCCCCCCCCCCGCUGUACCGGCCCGCGGGCCACAACAUGGCGCCGCUCGGGGUCUCCGUGUGAGCAGCGCACGGGCCGCUCGGGGGCCUUUGUCUAUCGGAGCACGAGAUCCACGGCAGCGUAUUCACUAAACGGCGAGACUUUACACCCAGUGUGGGAGCCGCUACCAUAACCACUGCACUGACACACAGUGUAUCAAAUAAUAUCCAGCCUUGAUGGGGAAGUAAUUAAAUAUCCCCAGCCUUGAUGGGGUGUUAAAGCCAUCCCCAGCCCUUGAUAGGGAAUUAAAUAUCCCCCAGCCUUGAUAGGGGUGUUAAAUAUCCCCAGCCCUGAUGGGGAAUUAUUAAAUAUCCCAGCCCUGAUGGGGUGUGAAAUAUCCCCAGCCUUGAUGGGGGUAUUAAAUAUCCCAGCCCUGAUGGGGGGUAGUAAAUAUCCCCGGCCUUGAUGGGGUGUUAAAUAUCCCCAGUGAUGAGGGGUGUUAAAUAUCCCCAGCCUUGAUGGGGGUAGUAAAUAUCCCCAGCCUUGAUGGGGAAUUAUUAAAUAUCCCAGCCUGAUAGGGGAAAUGUGGAAAUAUCCCAGCCUUGAUAGGGAAUUAUUAAAUAUCCCCCCAGCCUUGAUAGGGAAUUAUUAAAUAUCCCCCCAGCCCUGAUAGGGAAUUAUUAAAUAUCCCCCCAGCCCUGAUAGGGAAUUAUUAAAUAUCCCCCCAGCCUUGAUAGGGAAUUAUUAAAUAUCCCCCCAGCCUUGAUAGGGAAUUAUUAAAUAUCCCCCCAGCCCUGAUAGGGAAUUAUUAAAUAUCCCCCCAGCCUUGAUAGGGAAUUAUUAAAUAUCCCCCCAGCCUUGAUAGGGAAUUAUUAAAUAUCCCCCCAGCCCUGAUAGGAAUUCACAAAUAUCCCCCAGCCCUGAUAUAGGGAAUUAUUAGUCCCCCAGCCUUGAGUAUAUAGGAAUUACAAAUAUCCCCCCAGCCUCUGAUAGGGAAUUAUUAAAUAUCCCCCAGCCCUGAUAUAUAGGAAUUAUUAAAUAUCCCCCCAGCCUUGAUAGGAAAUUCUCAUUAAAUAUCCUCAGCCCCUGAUAGGGAAAUAUUAAUACUUCAGCCCCGAUAGGGAAUUAUUAAAUAUCCCCCAGCCCUGAUAUAGGGAAAUAUUAAAUAUCCUCUAGCUCCGAUAGGGAAAUACAAAUAAUCCCCCAGCCCUGAUAGGGAAAUAUUAAAUAAUAUCCCCCCAGCCCUGAUAGGGAAAUAUUAAAUAAUAUCCCCCCAGCCCUGAUAGGGAAAUAUUAAAUAAUAUCCCCCCAGCCCUGAUAGGGAAAUAUUAAAUAAUAUUCCCAUCCCCCAGCCCUGAUAGGGAAAUAUUAAAUAAUAUUCCCAUCCCCCAGCCCUGAUAGGGAAAUAUGAAAUAAUAUCCCCCCCCCCCAGCCCGAUGGGGAAAUGGAUGGAUAUUAAAUAUCCCAUCCUAAAGGGGGGGAACUAUACAUUAAAUGCUUUUCAACUGCUAGAUACUGGUAUAUUGCAUAUCAGUUUGACGGUCAGACUGCAUUAAAUAUUUCCAUAUCUAAAUAAUGCAUAUCCCAGUUUUUUUUUUUUGUUAAACUGCUUUUAAUCUUGCAUUCAAAGUAUGUUGAAUAUCUCCUCCUUAUGGCAGCAAAAACUGAUGCGUAGCAAGUGAUUAGGUUAUAGAGUGAGUGUAUAUCCUCUAUUUAGCAGUCUCCCAAUCACUAAGCAAAAAGGAUGUUGGCAACCCCUCAACUUGCAUUCACAUUAAGAUCAAUUACUGUACUUUCUGUUUUCCUAAAGUGUUGGGAUAGCUUCUGGUGUUACGUUCCCUCCAUUUUCACAGCUUUCAUUGAUUCUCUAUCUGCACUUUUAGCCAAUGUCUGGUAUAAACUAAACUAAAAUCUAAGUGAAGUAAAUGUCAAGUCUUGGGUUUGCCCACCCACUGCAUGAAGUGGCUUAGACAUCAAAUUAAUUUCAGUGCCCACGUGGUUUUUUUUUUCUCCCCAAUCACUGUGUAUUACUAUGGACGUUGCUGAUAUGGAGGUUCAUUGUGUGUAGUAGUAGUAAAUGCUGUAUACAGUAGACUUCUUAACAUGUGGUUGAAGAUUGUGUAAUGAGUGAGGCAACUUUAUCCACCGGUUCAUUCAACUUGAAUGAAUGAAUCUACUCACAUUGUUAGAUGUUACUGCAUGUGUUGGAUGAAAUACUUCACUAGCAUUACUCAUUGUCUGUAAGAACUCUUCCAGUUUUACUUUAUAGUUGGGUCUAGCAUGUUCUUGUAUAUUACUUUGUGGUAACACUGUAGGCAACUCUUAUCUACAAUCUAUAUUAUAAACAAAUGUUUUUUUUUUUUUUUUUCACGCGGUUUCCUCUGUGGGAAGGUGCAAGCAUGCCAUUCUCUUGUAACUUAUGUCCCCCUUUGCUAGAAUGUUUGUAUUUUGUUCUACAAAAACUUUGUAGAAAUUACUUUUUUGAAUUGCAAGUUCAGGUGAAUGUAGAUGUCAUUUGUUGUAGUAGCCCUGAAAAGGUUACUGGUGCGGUACACUUGAUCUGUGGUUCGCAAAUUAGUCUUCAAAGCAGGAUUUUUAAAACUUUUUUUUAUUUUUUUUUAUUUUGCGUGCUUAUUGGAUUAAUUGGGGAAAUGCCUAAAUCUUACAUUGUUGGUGUGCCUUGAGGAGUAUAUUGAGGUUUUCUGUUGGCUCUCUAAGAUCCUAGGUUCUGGCACACUUUUUAAAACAAGGGUGUAUAUAAUCUUAAAUGAGUUUUACUAGUCCAUACUUUCUAUUUAAACAAAUGUUUUCUUAACAGAAUUGUGAUGGAUUAAUAUGUUAAAAUAGAGGAAAAUGUUGUGGUUUUUUUUAAAGGUUAUAGUUCAUGAGGAAGCUAUUUAUGCAAUACAGUAAAGUGUCAUAGAGCAUGUGAAUUUCAAGCAUUACUCCAAGCACUAUGACCACUUCAGUGAUUUGUUCAGCAUUUUAAUAUAGAUAAUUAUAUUGCUACCUCCUCUGGCAUAAAGUACUCCAAGCUUGCUAAAGCCAAUCAUUCACUUGGGGUCAUUCAUUGGCCAUCAGCUGACUUUCUUUCAUUGAAUGACUUGUGUUCUGUAGUGGUAAUGGUACUUUAGGUCUUUCUUUAAAACCACGUAAAGGUGCAGUUUUAAAAGGCUUUAAAAGUCCAUUUGGUGCUUACUGGAGCCAUGCCUCCUCAUAACGGUUAAAUUAAUUACUUGGAAUUGUUAGACUAACUGAAUACAAAGUUCAUAGGUCUCCAGUCCAUUUUAUAGAGGGUAGGGGGGUGGAAGGUUUCUAAAAAGGCCACAUUUAGCAGUCAAAGAAUUCUCUGUAAGCAGCAUAACCACCUCCAUUCAUGAUUUUUUUUUUUUUAAACAAACCAAAAAACUGUAGAUAAUGCACAAUCAACACCUUUUUUAGACAAAAAAGUUUAUUAAAAAAUUUUUGUCUAGCAUGCUGGAGUGUUUUAGUGGUACCAGAGAGCGCCAAAACUAGAACCUGCUGCAGUUGUUAGGUUACCCAACAGCAAUUUCACUUUCAUUGAAGCUCUGUCGGCAUAUAACUGCAAAAUAAAUUAGCAUCUUAUCAAACUAUAAACAUCAAAGUAGAUAUAUUUUCAUUCACAAGGAUAUAAUGAAAUUGCUUGUGCGGUUUACUAUGACUGUAUGGAGUCUUGUGUUUGUGUGGAUGAAGCGGUCUGUGACUUGGUCUGUUAGUACCAGGCUUAGUUAAGUUUUGGACUUCUGGUAUCUGAAGAAAGUGGCAGUUCCUGUGCCUUUGCAUUGAUGGAAGAGAUUGUCUUUUUUACAAAAAUAUUGUUGCUAUAUAGCGGGCCUCUUGUAGUUCAGAUUUUAACAAGGGCUCAAGGUUGCUACAUUAUGUUUUGAAAAAUAAUUUUUAAUCAGAUUGAAUGAGGAACAAAUACUGGCUUUAUUUUUGCAGCUAUAAUUAGUGGUUAAUACAUUAUGUGCAUUUCUGCCACCUUUCAUUGUUGUAAUUCUUUGUAACUUUGAUCUGUUAAAUUAACAAACUAAAUAGUGUGACACUUGGUGUUAAUGGGACACUCUUGGUUCCAUAAUUAAGGCGUGUCCUGAGUGUGGCUGGAGGUAUGACGGAGCCAGACCUGUGCCUGAGGGUAGGCAACUAGAGUUGGCCAAAAUAAUCUGGUGUAGAUAUUGUGGCACCGUGCAGCUUCGUUAAUGCUUUUGUAUCUUUUGUCAAGAUCAUCUUUGUGGCCUAUUUGGUAAAAUCUGAGAAAUUCAACUGUGCUACAGAUACAGCUUGGCUGGUACCUGAAUUUUUAGAAUUGUGUUUUUAACUUGCUUUCAUUUUGGAGUUUAGUGAAUUAACUUUUCUGUAACGUUCUGCACAGUGCUUAUUCUUUCAAGUAUCUGUUACUGACCCUUAAUUCUCAAGGUCCAACCCAGUCAGAUUUAAAAACUUCCCAGGUUUGUUUGACUUGGGAUAAAGGCAAGACAUGGGUUGGGAACUACUGAUUGAGAUAUAUAGGUUUUUUUUGUUUUGUUUUUAAACAUCCAGUAAUGACCGUGGCUGAACUAGUAAAAUCAAUUUGACUUUUGCCAAGCUAGCUUACGGUAUGUCUGUUUACAGAAAUAUUUUUUUGCCUCUUUUGCAGUUAAACUGUUUUCAGCGAGUGAAGAAUUUCGCCCAUAAGUUUCACAGACACUUCUUGCAACAAUGGUAAGAAUCUGUACAUUAGAUACCACAACAAUUGCCACGUUUUAUGAAAGGUGUUAAAAUUUAGUUCUUACCCUCACAGCGUCCCAUGCGCAUCUUCGUGAAUGAUGACCGCCAUGUGAUGGCUAAGCACUCCAUGGUGUAUCCAACUCAAGAGGAACUUGAAGCUGUUCAGAACAUGGUGUCCCACACAGAGAGGGCGCUCAAAGCUGUCUCUGACUGGAUUGAUCAACAGGAGAAGGUUCAAAUUGGUGCAGAAGCUUUACUACCAGAAGCUGAUGUGGUUAUUGAGGAUUCAACAGAUGAUACCAAGGACAGGUAAAGACUGAUUGUCAAACAUUACUUUUGUCUUGUGGAGGUUUUCUGUUGGCUCUCUAAGAUCCUAGGUUCUGGCACACAAUUUACCAACAAUAACAAUGUGUAGUUAUGCAGAAAAACAGUUCUAUUCUCUGUAGUCAUCCUCCAAUUUGCUGUAAUGUAAUUAUUCCCUCUUUUUUUUUUUUUUUUUUUAAAGCACUGAAAUUAAACCCGGUGAGAACCCAACCAGGACACUCCGUGGUGUGAUGAGAGUUGGUCUUGUUGCCAAAGGACUUCUUCUCAAAGGGGACUUGGAUUUGGAGCUUGUCCUGCUGUGUAAGGAUAAACCCACAAUCUCUCUUUUGAAGAAAGUGGCAGAAAACCUGGUUGUCCAGUUUGCGGUACGUUCAUAUCGAGCAGUGAUGACUCUAAAAUUUACUAACUGCAAAGUAUGUGGGUUUUUGGUUUAGGAAAGUCCACUCUUCUAUUUUAUCUAUUUUUGUUCUCCCACUUCUAAAGUGGGGAGAAGAAACUUAAAUUUUCUCCCCUUGCCAUACUUGUCUAAUGAAGUGUUUACUUGUAUUAGCUGAAUAGAUUUACACAAGUGAGUAGGGGUAUGUUCUUUGUAGGCUUGUUACAUCUACAACCCUGUAUUUUUAAUCCUGUUAAUUUGUAUCUGCUCAUGUUUUCUUCUCAACAGUCUGUUUCUGAAGAGAAGUACGAUGUGAUCCAGAAUGUCAGAGAAGCUAGUAUAGUAAUCCAAAACACAAAGGAACCUACCCUAACCCUCAACAUCCGCCUCACCUCUCCACUUGUUCGAGAGGCAGUCGAGAAGAUGAAUUCUGGAGGUAUGAAAGAAAGAAAAUGGACUGCUAACUUAAACAAACACCUUUUUUAUUCUUUUCUCACUCCUUGGAAUUUGUCCUGGCAUUCAGUUUACUUACCAGUGUCUUAUGAAGGAUCAGAACUGUAGUCUAGCCACACUUAAUGCUAUAAUACCCACCUUUUGGGCCAGCUGUUGCUAAUCUUAUAACCCAGUGGGCCCUUUCUGUGGUUAUUACAGUUGACUCUAUACAGCACCAGAGGCAUGUGGCUUCUGUUUAGAGGACUCACAGGCCCCUCUGGUGAUUGUAUACAGUUGUCAAUGUGUUUUUGCAUGUAUUCUGUAUCUUUUGUCGUGUGUGUUGCCGCAAAAAUGACUGACACAACACUUUAAUAGGGGUCAGCCAGUAUUUUUGCAUUCCUGGAGCCGAUGCAGAGUUUUGGAUAAAGUUAAGCUACAUCUUUGGAUGUUGGCACAAGUUUUCACUUCCAGUUUGGUUUCUAGCAUUUCCCACAAAUUGGCUAGCCUUAUCUAAAACCCUGGUUGUCAGACAUAAUCUUGCUGCAGCACAAACGUCAUCCCGAAUUGUUAUUGCUUCUAUGAAUAUAAUGCAAUAUGGUUCUGACCUCUGAUCUCGUAUCAAGACUUCUAGUUUGUCGAUUUUUAGGGACGCUGGACCUUUGACCAACAGGACUCUCUCUGUCAUGGGCUGUGGCCAGGGCAGUCGAGCUGGGAGGGAGGGUUUGCUUAUUAUACUGCAGCUAGCAGAUGAGUGACCUUUUUUGUUUUCUUGCUAGACUCUGCUCUUUAAAGCCGCAGUCUGUCAGUUGUCUGAUGCCAGGAUAUUGUCUGUCUGUAAUCUGUGUACAAAUUGUAUUGCUGUAAUACUCCUCACUAAAUUGUCUUAUAAACUGUUCAGUGACCAGAGGGUGCGUAUUGAUAAGGGCAUCUCAAGGUAACUUGAUAUGGGCAGACUGCUGCUUUAUUGCUUCUGAUAGGUCAGUGUAGCUGUUAUGUAGGACAGGGCAUAAUCACCUUAUGUUUAGUUGGGUUUUUGUUUAUUUCAAUGGGUUUUCGUUGAGCAUGGGAGUCUUGUUAGGGAAUUCCCUCUAUUCCCCCAACAGCAUAGGUCAAGUAGUAAGAGUAUUUAGCUAUUGUCGGAGAGCCCCACUGCCCUCUGGAAGCUGCCUCAUCCCCUGUCCACCUGACAGACACCCCCUUGGUCAAACCGUGCCUUGUCUUCUUAUCCAUGAAUAGAAACGAUAUCAGUCAGCGAUCCUCCGGACGUUCUGGACAGGCUCAAAUGCCUUGCUGCAUUGGCGUCACUCCGACACGCCAAGUGGUUCCAGGUUUGCAUUUUAUUAUUUCUGUCUUAAAGUAGUAAACGCAUUUAAUUUUUAUUUUACUUAAACUCUAAGUCACAUGUUAAACUUUAAAUCUUUACAAAAACACCAGAGCAGUAGCUGUGAUGAGCUUGGCACCUGUCACACUACAGGCCGCUGGGUGAGCACACAGUGGAGGUACACCUUUCACAAGGGAACGUAAUGCCUUGCGCAUAGUUGCUGCUUUGUUUUAAGAGUAAUUUUAAUUUUUAUUUCUACACUAAUUGCUAACUUAACAUACAUAAGGCUUAUCCUUAAUCAUAGAUUACUUUUUACCCUUGACAAAGUAGCACUGCAAAACGUUUUUAUUUUCUUUUCCUGCUUGUGUGAGUGUAGCUUUGAAUGCUGACCUGUGUUCUCGUUGUCUCAGGCUAGGGCAAAUGGACUUAAAUCUUGUGUGGUAGUCAUCCGUGUGCUCCGGGAUCUUUGCACGCGUGUGCCUACUUGGGAGCCGCUUCGUGGAUGGGUAAGCCUCUCCUAUUUUUUUUUUUCCACAAAACUAUGCACAUAUGUCAAAUGAAUCUGCACCAAAGCUACAUCCUGUAGUUAUCGUAUCCACCUAUUUUUCAUAUCCUGAGUCUCUAGAUUUGUAUAGACAGUAUACCACUUAUUUUCCCUUUCCCUUAUUUUAUUGUUGGGAAUACAGGUGCACCAGUCUAGCUGUUUGGUUUUUUUUUUCUUUUUUUCUUGAUUCACUGCUGUCCUUAUAAACUCUGCUGCUGGUUGAGUAACUUGUGUGGGUUUUAACAUUUUUUUUUUUCCUCUUAAGCCUCUAGAGCUUUUAUGUGAAAAGGCCAUUGGAACAGCAAACAGGCCAAUGGGUGCAGGGGAGGCCCUAAGAAGAGUUCUUGAAUGUCUUAGUUCUGGAAUACUUAUGCCAGGUCAGUUUGACUCUUUAUUUUCUGUAGUAUGUUUAACAUUAUUUUGGUUAGCACAACCCAAACUUUCACUCUACUUCCAGAUGGCCCUGGACUCUAUGACCCAUGUGAAAAGGAAGCCACUGAUGCUCUUGAGCAUCUUGAAAGACAGCAACGGGAAGACAUUACACAGAGUGCACAGGUGAAUUGCUGACCUUUUUAACAUUUUCUAAUUUUCUUUUGAAUGACACCAAGCGGCAGUCAUUUAUUGGAAAUCUCCACUUAGAAGCUUAAUGGCUUAGAUUAAUAGAAUACAUUUUGGAAGUGUAUAUUGUAAUAUUUUAAUGCUUUGUUUAAGGCUUUAUGAGCUCUUGCAGUAAACCUAUAGGUUGGGAUAAUUCUUAUUCCUUGUUUGAUUGUUGCAGCAUGCACUGAGACUGGCUGCAUUUGGACAGUUGCACAAAGUUUUGGGAAUGGACCCUCUGCCUUCAAAGUUGCCGAAGAAACCAAAAAUUGAAAAUCCAAUUGACUACACUGGUAGGUCAUGAAGUGGGAAGCUUAAAUGUGUUCCCAGUAUACACAUACUGUUAUCUAAUUCUAGGUUUUUUCCUCCCCUCAGUCCAAAUUCCUCCCAGUACAACAUAUGCAAUGCCACCACUAAAGCGCCCAAUUGAGGAGGACGGAGAAGACAAAUCGCCAAGUAAGAAGAAAAAGAAGAUUCAAAAGAAAGGUAUUUAAGGAUAGGAGAGACUCAGGCAGGGUACACUGUAUAGUGAAACUCCUUGUACAUAGCUGUAGUUUUUAAAUAAAGCUAUGAUACUGGUUCAUAUACAAAGUGGUGUCCCUCUCUGAAUAGUUCUCUUGCUUGCGCUUACAGUAAUAGACAUUGCAGCAGUGAUGUCACAAUAGCCCUACAAUCUGCUGACUUUCAUGCACCUGGAAUGACUGCUCCUUAUUUUGUAACCUCUUGGAGAACUUGUGUUUAUACAUAUAUUCCUUCUGUAGGAGGUUAAUUUGUGUAUGAUUACAUGACAGUUUAAGGUGCUGCAAUUUAUUGGUUUGCAGCAUGUGUACUUUGUGGGUAGAAGGUGCUAUUCAGUCCUCCUGUAAGUCUCUGAGAAUAAAACUUGUAGAUUGGAGUCAUUACUUUUUUGUUGGUAUUCAGCAGUUAUUGCCCUUUAAAGAAUUGAUGUGAUCUUUAAAACUUGAUUUGGGAGCCUUGUGUUCAUUUUAUGCAGAUGCUUUUGUACAGUUUUUGGUUAAAACUGAUUUUCUUACAGAUGAGAAGAGCGAGCCUCCCCAAGCAAUGAAUGCUCUCAUGAGAUUGAACCAGCUAAAACCAGGUCUCCAGUACAAACUUGUAUCCCAGACAGGACCCGUACACGCACCUAUAUUUACAAUGUCUGUAGAAGUAGAUGAAAAAACAUAUGAAGCCUUUGGACCAUCAAAGAAAACUGCUAAGCUUCAUGUUGCUGUCAAGGUAACUAUAUAAUUUCUCCCCACACUUCCAUGUAUCUACUCAAGACCAGAAUGGUACUCUUCAUGAGACUGUUCAUCGUGCACUAUAUGAUGUUUAUUUUUAAUGUAGGUAUUACAAGACAUGGGACUGCCAACCGGAAUGGAAGAAAAGGAGGAACCUGCAGAGGAGGUAGAACAGAAGCCAGUAGUUGAAACUCCAGCACAGCAAACAGACUCUACACCAUCUGAGUCAGCAGAUGCCGAGGUAUGUCAUGCGUUCCUUAUUUAUUCCCCGAUGUUUCCAUCUAUUGCUUCUUGUUGAAAUCUUUAGUGUUUCACUAUAGGAAACUGAUUAAACGGAAGGCUGAGAAUUGUUGGAAAAUUUUGAAAGCAGGAUAGACUAGUUCCUAUUUCCUCUCAUGUAAAUCUGUAUAGAUUUUAGUAUUCUACAGAACCCUUUGUCCCAUGUUUCAGCAACUCUAGGCUUAAAUCUGCUUUUUAGUCACUUGGAUUAAUCUUUUAACCCGUUCAUGCUAGGGUUCAAAGCAGCAAGGUCCUAUUCUAACAAAGCAUGGAAAGAAUCCAGUCAUGGAGUUAAAUGAGAAGAGGCGUGGCCUGAAAUAUGAACUGAUCUCAGAAACUGGUGGCAGCCAUGACAAGAGAUUUGUGAUGGAGGUAAGGUUUCUUUUGCAUUUUACAGUACUACAACUUUAGGGACCCCCUGCUGGCAGAAUCCACAUCAUCCUGCCAAUCUUAUUGGUUAUUCACUAACCAUGUAAAUGAAUACCAUCUUCUAAAUGCCGCAUUUGGCUGCUCUCUUGCAAACCAGUAUGUCAGUAUAGCUACUUCUUAAAAGUUUUUUUAUAUGGCUUGUGAUGGACUGCCUGGCACCCCGAUUGGGUGCCUCUGCCAAUCGAUGCUUCCUAGUGUUCAGAGUACUCCAAGCACUCCACCAGACACAAUAGCCACCAUAAACCCUGCAGCCAUUGUUACAGCUUGGUUGGGGUCUGGCUGCUCUCCACCCACCCUGGACCCUAGACCAGGAUCCAGCUUCCAGUGGGUAGACCCCUCCCAAUCCACAGGGUAAAUCAGGCUGCUCUUACAAGAGCUAGUGAUUAUAAACCAAGGGAGUCUAGUGCUAUAGCAAUCCCCAGAGUAAAUAUUGCUGUCUCCUCCACACAUGAGACAGGGCUCGGAGGGUGAAGAGGAUUUUUUUUUUUUUUAAUGGCAGCAACAACUGGCCUCGUAUACAAAUUCCCAUGCAAAGUGUUUUCCAUAACGCAUUCCAGGGGCAUUCCCCACUGGACCUGAGAGGGGACUGUGACAAAGUACACACUGUAAUUACAUUGGCUCUCAGGUUCAGAGUCCGGAACUGUACUAAACUGCCUCCAGGCACCGAAAACUGAUAUUUAUUAUAACCCAAAAUUAGCCUAAAACACAUGGAAACCCCACAAAUAUCAUAUCCCCUGAUGGCUCUGAUCUGGGGGACAAACACAUCCAAGAAUCACCCAGAUUGGGUUGUGGUCGGGAUUUCCAUGGAAGUCAUAUAGACAGAGCCUUUAAAGUGCAUUGAGCAAGGUAUAUUGCAGGCCCCUCAAAGAGCCAGUGGCUAGGUUCAGUUAGUCACAUGGCUUACUUUUAAGGCCUAAUCUAUGUGACUGUAUCUUUCUAGCCAUGUACUGUUCAAAAAUCGUCCUGAAAUGUAACCUCAUGUUCCAGGUUGAAGUUGACAGCCAAAAGUUCCAGGGUUCUGGUUCAAACAAGAAGGUUGCUAAGGCUUAUGCUGCUCUUGCUGCACUAGAAAAACUUUUCCCAGACUACAAUACAUACACAGAAGCACCCAAAAAGAAGAGGCCACCCAUGAUGCCCAGGGGUGGGCCAAAGUUUCCAGGAAAGGUAAGGAACCAAUAACAUUACAGGGUAAUAUUUAAAGUACCAGUACACGUAUGGUGACUUGUCUGUUUUUUUUUUUUUGUUUUUUUUUUUUUGAAGUGCCAAGUAUACUAGAUGCAAUUUGGGUGCUUUUAUUUUUGUAUCCAUGUAAUUGGCUGUAACAACUUUCAUUGACUCCUCUGCCUGGUAUUUUCUUUGAUUCUCAGUUAUUUUAAAGGAGCAUUGUGUAUUGCUUAGAAUACAAAGCUGGCAAGCGAAGGAAUUCUAGUGGCAAUGUGGUAGACUAAAGCCAGUCUUAACCCUUCUCUAAAACUGCAAUGUUUUAACUUGACAAGGACACUUGAACCCAGACCAAUGAAAGUAUGUGGCCUGUGUGCCUAGUGUCCCUCUUACCUGGACACAAUUGAUCCUGUGAGUGAACACUACUGGUUGCCCUGUUACUAGCUCCUGAGAUCUGUCCAUUGUAUUGCAGUUGUCAGUUGAGUUUCGCAAUGGCUACUCAUCUUGUGAAGCAUGACAGACUGGGAUUAACAGACAUUUGCUAACAGAUGCUGUACAAAAGGCAAGCUGACAGACUAGCCUUUUGAAAGUCUCUUCUAGAAAGCAUACUGAAAUUGGAGAAACUAUUGGAAUAGUACUAACUUUUUACAUUGUUUCUUCUCCUGCAGCACAACCAGGGAUUUGGGAUGAUGUACAAUGAAGUGCCACCACCUCAGGCAAUGCGUGGACGUGGUAGGGGUGGAAUGAAUAGAGGUAGAGGGCGUGGACGUGGUUUUGGAGGUUACAUGAAUUCAGGUAAAGCAUUGGAUUGUAGUUUUCACAACACUUGUGGAUAAAUUAGUUCUGCUGCUUUUGACACUUUGUGAACUAAAUUUUUUUUUUUGUUUGGUCUGCUUUAUUUAAUCUGGUUUCUGUUUGACAGGUGGAUACGGUGGUGGCUAUGGUGGAAACUACAACUAUCAGAAUUCUGCUACAGCUGGAUACAGUGAGUGAUCACUUCAGAAACUUUCACCACCUGCAGAUAAUUGAGCACUUUUCUGUUGACCUAGUGCUUCUGUUAAAAUCUAGCUUCUGUAAAAGUGCUACUGUCUAGCAUAAAUCUGACAGCUACCUUAUAAAAGGGGCUUAGUUUAGGCCUCAAAUUUAGUUUAUAUGAAUGUAAUUAAAGUUAAUGCAGCCAUUAUAAUUUUAGACAUAUCUUCCAUCUGCCCCAGCCAACAAUCUUCAGCUAUGGAAAAGUGCAGUUAUCACUUUUGCAUACAUACUUAAUGCAGUAGAACAGGGAUUGGGAGGAAGUAAACUAUGCCAAUAUUUGACACAUGGCUGCAAAAAGCAACCACAUCGGAGGUGCCUGUGCUCCCUUUUAACAUGUCCUAGUUCUUCUACAAUAUACACCCACCAAUUAGACAUGCUGUCAAAGUCCCUCACCUGUGUAAAAUAUUCAAACUUGUUCCCCCCCCCACUUUUUUCCAAACCUGAGGAUCCCACUAAUGGACAAUGUAGACUGUUUUAGCCCUUGUAUACAUGGUAUAGUUCUUUUACACAACUGUUAGUUCAGACUACCUGAGAAAUUGUGUUAAGCAGUUUGUACAUGCUGCCCUCACGUGGCUUUUGCUGGUUUUAGUGCUUGAAUGUCAGUAUGAACUGCAUAUCUUCCUGUCCACUUUCUCUACUAUGGAGACAGUGUUUGCCUUCAUUUUGGUAGCAUUUGUGGUGUGUAACUGCAUACAGUAGAGACUUUAAUCUGUUCCUCACUUUCUGGUUAGAGUACUUGUUCCUCAUGUAGCAAAGUUCCAGUUUGAAGCCUUGCGCACAUCUGACACAUGCAUUGACUUGCUAAGCAGUCAGUGGAGUAAUGAGUAGUUUGAGUAUAGAUCAAAUCUGUGUAAUAAACUGGAAAGCAACCACUGCAUGUCAGAUCUCCGCAACCUGUCCACUCUUGUCUCAUGUCACUUGACCUCACAGGAGUAACUUAUUUUAAUUUUAUUUUCAUUGAGUGUUUACUUAGAUGUUGGCAUACCGCUUUUGUCUGAAAGCCUUGCUCUAGUGUCUUGAUAUCUUGAGACAGGAUAAACAUGCAUUAUGUAUAUACUUUUUUACAUUUCUCUGCUUUGGUUUUACAAAGUGAGACAACAUGCAACUCACAUUUCCUGGUUUAUACGCAUCCCCCCUUUGUAUCCAGCUGGAGCAGCAUCAACACUUUUUUUUGGGGGGGUAGGGGGGGAGACGGGAGCAGAGAAAUCUAAAACUUUGUACAAAAACUGUGGCACAAUGGCCCUGUUUACAAAAGAAUUCUAAUUCUUAUUUUCUCUCUGCUGUCUCUCCCCCUUUUUGUAGGUGACUUUUUCACAGACUGCUACGGUUAUCAUGAUUUUGCAUCUGCCUAGACCAUCUGUAGCGUACUGUUCCCACUCACUCAAAACCCACAAGCUCUUUACUCCAGUCUGUCUUGAACUCCAAAAAAGAUGAAAGUUCUCCUGAUUCUAUAUUUUUAAUUUGCUCAUCACUGAAUUUUUGGACUGCUCACUUCAAGCAUUCAGACUGUAGACCACGGCAGUGUAUAAAACGGGGCUGUUUGAACCUUCCCAUGGGAGAUUUUUUAAUUUUGUGCAGAAAUGAACUUUUUGUCUGCCGUUGAAGUGUAACUUGGCCAGUUUUUUGCUCUUCGGUUUUCUGUAAAUUGAAGCUGCCAUAUGGUUUUUUUGUGUGACUGAGGAGAAAAAGGGUGUUUCUGGUCACUUUUAGAGUUUUUACGGUUUUAAUCUUGCAACCAUUGUUUUUGUUUUCUGUUUUGGGCGUGGUCAUAAUGUUUUAAUAAAUCUUGUAAAAAUGACAUUGUGGAAACUUUGUAUAGAUUAUUUUGACAAAUGCUUUUUUUUUUCACAAUGGGCUUGCUUAUAACAAAUGUUCCCCCUAAGCUAUGUACACCUUAUUUAUGAUGCUUGCAUGUGACAGAGUACCUCUAUUCCAUUGAACUGGCAUUUAUAUUUUUAAUCAUUGGACCAGGUCUGUUGCUACAUUUAUAUAUCUAUCAAAACUCCCUCUGAUUGGUCUAAGGGGCAUAGUCUAAAGAUGUAGCAAUUAUUGACUUAUCUUGUGAAUGCCAUGAUCUCUGUUUAAUUUUUGCAAUGAAUGAUGGUAUUUGCAACCGCUGGGUGGCUCCAUAUUACAGGAAGGCAGUAAUGGAUAGCCUUUUGGCAUGAAACGGUUACGGGCUUUAAAAAAGUGAGAUCGUAGAACUGCUGCCAACAAUCCAUCCAUGCACUGCAUUUCUGUACUAUAUUGCUGCAGGGUAUACCAGUUUACUUUAUGGACUGUAGGUAUCAAUUGGACCACUGCAAAAAUUGUAAGCUAAAUUCACAUGUAUUCUGCUCACAGCCUGCUGGAUUUAGAGGGAACAUGGUUUAUAACCGUUAACUUUGCCCAUAUUUACCCCAUUAGUAUAGGGUUUUAGAAUACCUUCACUGGCAAAAUGGAGAUUGAUGUAAAUGUGCCAGUCUGAGGAUUUUCUGUUGAAGCCCUUAAUGUAGGGACAGAGUUUCUCAAUGUUGGUCCGCAGUCUAAACGUUGAGCCUCUUAUUUUUAAAAGCAUGGCUUGAUGUCAUAUGGCUCACUGCAGCUGUUACGAUGCAAUGUUAGACUUUACAAGGAUAUUCUUAAGCACUGUAGCAACCUAUAAUCGCACAGGUUAGUGUAAGGUUUCAUUUUGGUGCCUUUUUAUUAAUGUGGAUAACUAGUUAUCUGCAAAAAUCACUAGCUAUAGGCAAACACCCUUGAUUUAGAUGUUGCAGGAGAAACAGAAUUCUUCAACUAAAAUUACAGCUUUCUGCGUGGCGCAGCUGUAAAUGUCACUAUGUGCAAGACUCAAAUCUUCAGUAUAUCAAAAAGAUCUCCUUUAUGAAAUACUGAUCAAAUCUACAUUUAGAUUUCAAUGCAGUCAUAAGGUUGACAAAACAUUGUCAUCAAACUUUUGUCCAAUGUCAAUGACUGUCACAAGUGAUGGCUGUCCGAUUCAGCCAUCGAUAUGUGGAGGCUCGCAUAGACCUCAGUGUUGUACUUACGACUCCUGGCAACUGUAGCUCCAGGAUCUGAAGAGUACCUGCAAGACUAAAAUGGUUGCCCCAAGGGACAGAUUGAGGUAAGAAACUUGUCCUGUGCACCCAACGAACACUGGAUCCACAUCUGAUCUGUCAUUUUUGGUGGUCUUUGUGCGAUGAGAAGACCUGUCAAGUGACAAAUCUGCUUUAAUGUGAGCAAGUCUAUUAUAGUAAAGUUCACUAAACAGAGCUGUCUGGCAGUUCCCUUUUUGGUUUUUGAAUUGGCUCAACUAAAAAAACAUGAGGGUAUCUGAAUUUGUUUCCAAAAUGGAGUUUGCAGAUCUACAGCUAUAGCAGGAAUGGAUACUGUUGGUCCCCCAGCUUGGGAUUCAGAUAUGCCCCACUGUCAUCCAUCUCUUCUCUGCUUGCACCAGCAUAAUUCUUUAUUGGGUAUCAAACCAGACUUGCCUAAACAGGCAGUUAUGCCUGCUGAGUGCUCCUGACAAAUACUCUUUUGGCUUACAGGCCCACUCUAUUUUUAAGCUUUCAGUAACUGGUACAGACUUUCUGCAUGCGCCACAAAACAGACCACUAUUUGGUUUGACGGUCACAAAUGCUCCAAAUACUUUAAUACACAAGUGGUGUUCAGCACAUAAUUCAACUUAUGGUGGCAAACUUCAGAUGCAAAUUCUCUAGUGUAAGCCUUCUCACAACAGUGGAAAUGGGAAUGACUGAAAUGGCACUGAAGACCAUCCCAAUAAAACUGUAAAAUUUGGAAUCUCAAAAGUGGAUAUUUGUGGGAGACCAUUACCUCCUGCAGUGCCCCUUUUUGAAGUCACAGCUGUUCAAAAACGUUAUUGACAAAAUAUUUGAAAGUUUACUACUCUGCAGAUAAAGGUUUGUUUUGCUUUUCAAAUUCUAAAGUAUCUUUAGCAUUUGAGUUUUUUUUCACAUAAUUGAACUAGUAAGAAGGUUUUUUUUGUUUUUUUGGUCUUGUUAUAAUUGUUAUAACCAUCAUAUUCUAAAACUGCAGGAGUGGUUCUGGAACAGCUUUGAUUUAAAAGUUGCCUUUCUCACAAGCCAUUUUAUGACUUGUACAUACUUUUCAGUGGUUAAAUUUUUUUACUUUGCGCUUUAAUGGUUCUGCAAUGCUUCAUAACCUACCUUUCCUGAUAUAUAUAUAUUAUGCAUGGUUCUCUCGAGUUAUAAGUGAUACUUCCCCAUAUUUAAAAUUCUGAGCGGUUUCCUGUUAGAAGGCAGAAACAGAAUACACAUUCUUAGAUGAAUUCCUAAAACAGGCCCACUGAGGUGAAAUUGAAACGAGGAAUGCUCACAUGUUUAACUUUCACAACAUUCUCAAGCUAAAGUGUACACAAAUAUUAGCACUUUAAUUUUUUUCCUGUGGUGGUCCAGUAACUUUGCACACUGAACCAACUUUGCACACUGCUACAAUACUGGUACUAGAUUUCUAUAGCUUCAUAGCUUUGUAGCAUAGCCUUCAACACUGCAUCUGCCUCUUCUGUUUCUAGGCCAGUUCUACAGUAAUGGAGGUGGUUCCGGCAACCAAGGUGGGGGUGCUGGAUCUGGUGGCUACAGUAACUACUACCAGGGAGAAAGCUACACACCACCCACACCACCUAAACCUUUUGUGAGCAAGAAGCCCCCACCUCAACAGCCUCCCCAACAGUCUGCACCUUCUCAACCGCCACCACACGUAGCUGCACAGCCUAAGCAGGCCUACAACCAAGGUUACCAGUCUCACCAAACGCAGCCACAGCAGAGUUACAACCAAGGCCAGUAUGGAAACUAUGGCCAAACUCAGAAGCCAAAAGGUGGCUACAAUCAGACUUCUCAGUCUGGUGGUGGAGGAGGUGGCUCUUACACUUAUCCAAACUCCUAUACAGGAGGUGCAGCUUCUACAGGUGAGCUAUAAAAACCUGGUCUUGUCAGUGUUUGUGGUCUUGUUUAAAUUUUCUGUUUCCUCCACCUUUCAAAUGCUAAAUCUUACUUUCUUAUCCCUAGGUUAUGGUGAAGGCACUGGUGGCCGUGGCGGCAGCUCAUACACUGCACAGAGCUCUGGUGGUUACAAUGCAGGUACACAUUCCGGCUAUGGUAGCACCAGCAAUACCUCCUCUUACCAAGGUAAUACUGUGUUUGUUGUCUGUGGGAGGAUGGACAGUUUGAGAUGACCUUUACUGUGCUAGAGCCUCUAAACCAGGGGUCCUCAAACUCCGGCCCACCAGAUGUUGCUGACUACAACUGCCAUGAUUCUUUGGCUAUCUAUGUAAUUCAAAGAAUCAUGGGAGUUGUAGUUCAGCAAAAUCUGGGGGGCCGGAGUUUGAGGACCCCUGCUCUAAACUCAGGCUUCCCCAAACUCCGGCCCUCAAGAUGUUGCUGACUACAACUGCCAUGAUUCUUUGGCUAUCUAUGUAAUUCAAAGAAUCAUGGGAGUUCAGCAACACCUGGAGGGCCGGAGUUUGGGGAAGCCUGCAACUUAAAUGCUGUCUUACAUGUGUAAAACAGAUGUGUUGGAAAUGUGGCUCUUCCACUUUUGAUAGCAUUUUGUUCUGUAUGUUUUGGCCUUAUGCUGAACACUCUAAUGGCAAAUUGCAAUAAUCUAAACUUUUAAUACAAUAACUUGAGGUAGUGUUACAAUUAAGUCAGACUUUUUAAUUCGACUUUUAUCUUCCAGGCUACACACAGUCAAAUUACAACCAAGGCCCUGGACAGAACUACAGUGGUCCACCAAGCAACUUUCAGCCUCCCCAGGGUGCGACUGGAGGUGGCUAUGGCAGAAACACAGAUCAUAAUAUGAGCUACCAAUAUAGAUAAACUCUCUAUUCCCAAAUGCCACUACCCGCUUCCUUUUUGUCCAAUCUCCCUUCAGUGAACAUCUAGCUUUUGUUACCAUUCUUCUGGAUUUAUGGCAUCUACGGGAAACUAAGGGAGGUUAUCCCUCUUCCCCUUGUUGCAGUGCUAUUGUGAUUACUCGCUCCUUCAUGGCAAUCUCUCUGUAAUUCCACUGAUUUUUUUUUUUUUUUUAAAUCGGUUCUUCUACCGUUGUAUCUAACACCCCAGAUCGCACCAGAAGGCCUCUUGUGCGUAUACUGUAAGUUUGAAUUGUGUUUAUUUUUUUAAAUUUCUUUGGUUCCUACAGCCCUGUCUUUAAGUUUGUGGCAGGUGAGUUAAUUGGGGGCUGCAGCAAGCAAAUCCACUCUAGCCACAAUCCCUUAUUCCUUCUGUCGGGUUUAGGCCUACCUUUGUUCCCUCUCCUUGCAACUUUCCAGUCCUGGUGUUUAAUAUGGCAGUGAAGUGACUUUUUUGUUUUUCUUUAAAGUGUAUUAUGAACACUUCCUUGCAGACCAAAAUUAAUGUUCAGGUGAUUCCAUAAAAGUCUGAGCAUUCUAAAGUUUGUGACCGGUAUCUGCUACUGGAAGUGUUCUGUGAAAUGACAGUACAGCAUCUGUAACUGAGCUACAAUCUGCAUUGUGGGAUAUUGUGCAUGUUGGCACAUCCUUCAAUUUUCUGGCUUAUUUUAAUUUGUGUAAAUUUUGUAUUCCUUCCUGUUAUCUAGAUUGUUUCAUGCCUUCACUGCCAAAUUAAAUCAUGGUAAAGUUGUCUGAGCUGUUUAGUCUAUUUGGGAAGCAGUAAGCCUGGUCAGAGUUAAGUUGUUGCUCCUCCCAUUUCCUGUUUGUUAAAAUAAUUCUGUGAAGUGACUUAACAAGCUUUAUGUAUUUUAAUGCGUUUAGUGUUUUUUGAAUUUUUUUUUCCCUUUUGGAACUUUUUUUCCUGUUUUAUAAGUGAAGACUUUAUUUUAAAAAUUGGGAUGCGUCAAAAGGGUUCUUUUUGUAUGUCUCGUAUCAUUCAGGCAGUAUCUGGAGUGAGCCGAAACAUAGGCGAAAUAAAAUUUAAACUGAACUUCACCUGUCUGCAUUGAGUGUAAUCUAUUUUUUUUUUUUUUGAGUGAAAUAUCUGAACUAUGUGCAAAUAGACUAUUAAAGUAAGAUUUUAG